GUCGCUGCCUCGCAGAUGCUCAGAUCCCAACCCCAACCUCCACUUUGUCCGGUGCCAGCGGAUCCCCGGGUCCACACCCCCACCCCCACCUCCGGACCGGGCGCACGCGGCGCGCAGGCGCAGGCGCGGAGGGCGGGCGCGGGCGGAAUGGGGACUGCAGCGGCGGCAGCGGCGGCGGCCGGGGAGGGGGCGCGCAGCCCGAGCCCCGCCGCCGUGUCGCUUGGCCUGGGCGUGGCCGUCGUCUCGAGCCUGGUGAAUGGGUCCACGUUCGUGCUUCAGAAAAAGGGCAUCGUGCGCGCCAAGCGGCGAGGUACCUCCUAUUUAACAGACAUUGUGUGGUGGGCAGGCACAAUUGCAAUGGCUGUUGGCCAGAUUGGAAACUUUCUGGCUUACACUGCAGUCCCCACAGUCCUGGUGACUCCACUGGGUGCCCUCGGAGUGCCAUUUGGGUCCAUUUUAGCUUCUUAUCUUCUGAAGGAGAAGCUCAACAUCUUGGGCAAGUUGGGGUGUCUGCUAAGCUGUGCAGGUUCUGUUGUGCUGAUUAUCCACUCCCCAAAAUCCGAGAGUGUCACUACUCAGGCUGAACUGGAAGAGAAGCUGACUAAUCCAGUGUUUGUGGGCUAUCUGUGCAUCGUGCUGCUUAUGCUGCUGCUGCUCAUCUUUUGGAUUGCACCAGCCCAUGGGCCCACCAACAUCAUGGUCUACAUCAGUAUCUGCUCCUUGCUAGGGAGUUUCACCGUGCCUUCCACCAAGGGCAUCGGGCUGGCGGCCCAAGACAUCUUCCACAACAACCCAUCCAGUCAGCGGGCCCUCUGCCUGUGCCUGGUGCUUCUGGCUGUGCUCGGUUGCAGCAUCAUCGUCCAGUUCAGGUACAUCAACAAGGCGCUUGAGUGCUUCGACUCCUCUGUGUUUGGGGCCAUCUACUACGUCGUGUUCACCACCCUUGUCCUGCUAGCCUCGGCCAUCCUCUUUCGGGAAUGGAGCAACGUGGGCCUGGUGGACUUCUUGGGUAUGGCCUGUGGGUUCACCACUGUCUCUGUUGGGAUUGUCCUUAUACAGGUGUUCAAAGAGUUCAAUUUCAACCUUGGGGAGAUGAACAAAUCUAAUAUGAAAACAGACUAGGAUGCAACAGGGGUUUGGGUGGCUCAAGGAAUAGGAAAUGAAUGUGGUUUCUGGCUCUUGUUUGAUGUGAAGUGGAAGAGACCCUAAUCAAUGGUAUUAAAGUUGCUUGCAUGUUAAUGGGUGGUCUGAUGGACAGUGGGGAGCAUCACUCAGCACCAGGGUGGGGGCCCAGCCCUUUGCAGUCUGAAGUUGCUAAAUGGUUGCCUGGGCAUCAUCUCUCUCUGAUGAGAGGAAUCUCAUGUUCAUUGCCAUUAACCUGGAAGCUUUCAUGAAUACCUUUUCCUUUUAAAAUAUUUUAACAUUAUUUAAUAGAAAAUAAAAAUGGGCUCUUUCUGAUUAGUCUUUGCAGGGAGUAGAUAUUCUUAUUUAGAAGAUUACUUUGGAAAUGGGAGAAAUUGUUGUCUUGAAGUAUGACUAUGACUAUACAGUAAAUGUGUCCGUAGUUGUGUUAUUUUGCAUUAAGCAUGUAUAACAUUCAGGUACCUCAUCCAAAUGAGAAUUAUAUACAUUUAAUUUUUUUUAAUCCUCUAAUGAGCUGACUCUCCCACCCCCGACUCCAAGACAUUUUAAUUGAAAAUAGAGAAUACAUGAACAUGAUACAGAGUUCCAUUCACAGGAUGACUUUCAAUAGCUCAAAUCAAUUUCAGUGCCUUUAUCACUUGAACUCUUCACUUAAUUUGAUGAUUACUAUGUGUAUGUUCUCUUAGAUUAGAAUAACUCUUUGAUUAUGCUUUAAUAUUUCACUAAUCCAAAUAUAAAUAUGUAAAGCAUUUAGAAAUAACAAUAUAUUCAUUUGUUGGAAGAAAGUCAAGGCGAAAGACACGUGAGAGCAAAUUGAUCCUUUUAGCAUGUAGUUAUUAUC